AUGUUCCAUUGUUUUAUAAGCUUUGUCAGUUCUUUAAAAAUCAAAGAAUCCAAGAUGUGUUUGAAUGAGACGGAAGUGAUUAUUGUAUGCAACAUUGGAAUGUACUGAUUUCUGGUGAAGGUGAAAACUGUUUCACCUAUAUUCCCCUGUUAACCUUGGGGAGCAAAAGGAAGAAAAACCUGUGGCCUCUGCUUCUUUUUCUUUUCUUUUUUUCCCGCGCUUUAAAUCCUACUUUUUCAUUUUUUUUCCUGAAGCCCACCUCCUUCUCCGGCUUCAAUUCUGAUAGUCAAAUUUGUGCUCUUUGUUUGCUUUUCUAACAUAUCACAUUCACUUUCUUAUUGGGGGUCACAAUAACCCAAAUCUUUCUUUCUUUUUUCUUUUUUUUUCAUGCUCCAAACCACAAUCACACCCUCCAAUUCCUUCUAAUUUCAUCUCUCCAAGAUGGAAACAAUCAAACCCAAAUCAGCUUUUAACAACAAUAGCAACAGCAACCACAAGAGCAGGCUAGCAAGAACCUUCCAAAAAGUCAUCAACUUGAGGACUGCAACAAAAAUUGCUUCAAGCAAUGGGAUUGGAAUCUGUGUUCUCACAUCCCAACAUAAAUUCCCACAAGAUGAUUCAACCCCAGAUCACAAACUUUCUUCCAACGCAGACAAACAUGGAGGGGACUCCAAGGUUAAGCAGAAAGCAGUUCUGGAAGCUCUGGUUGCCAAGGUUUUUGCUAGUGUUACUUCCAUCAAAGCUGCUUAUGCUGAGCUACAAAUGGCUCAACAUCCUUACAACAGUGAUGCUAUUCAGGCUGCUGACCAAGCUGUUGUGGAAGAACUCAGAGCACUUUCGGAGCUGAAGCGUAAGUUUUUAAAGAAAGAACUUGAUCUUUCGCCUCAAGUUACUUUGAUGCUAGCGGAGAUUCAGGAACAGCAAAGCUUGAUGCGAACGUACGAGAUCACAAUCAAGAAGUUGGAAUCCGAUGUUGAAGAAAAAGAUUCAGGCAUUGCUUCACUUCAUGAGCAGCUUGAAGGGUGCACUGCUUUUAACAAGUCCAUGGAGAAGAAACUAAACGCGAGUGGACCUUUGUCAAUGUUUGAUAACAUCCAGUUUACGACGUUGAAUCCAAGUCAUUUUGUGCAAGUUUUACACUGUACUUUGAGAUCUGUUCGCAGUUUUGUGAAAAUGAUGAUCAAGGAAAUGGAGUUAGCCAAGUGGGAUCUUGAUGCUGCUGCUAAAACUAUUGAACCCGGAGCUGUUUUCGCUAAACAAAGCCAUAGGUGCUUUGUAUUUGAAUCUUUUGUGUGUAAAACAAUGUUAGACGGCUUCAACUCCCAUGAUUUUGGGCUCACAAACAACUCUGCCUCCAAGAAACUUGACCCGGAGCAGUAUUUCAACAAAUUCAAGAACCUGAAAUCUGCUAACCCGAAAUCCUAUUUAGUUCAGUAUCCAAACUCUAGUUUUGCUAUAUUCACCAGAACCAAGUACCUCAACCUUGUCCAUGCCAAAAUGGAAUGUUCAUUUUUCGGAAACUUGAAUCAAAGGAAGCUGGUUACCUCUGGUGGGUUCCCGGAUACAGCUUUCUUUACAGCUUUUGCAGAGAUGGCUAGGCGCUUUUGGCUCUUGCAUUGCUUGGGAUUCUCAUUGCAUGAACAAGUUUCAGUCUUUCAGGUGAAGAAAGAUAGUAGAUUCUCUGAGGUUUACAUGGAAAAUGUUAGCGAAGAAUCACUUUUCUCCAGUGAAAUCAACGAUGCAAAUGUUGAUAUUAGAGUUAGUUUCACGGUUGUUCCAGGGUUCAAGAUUGGUAAAACUGUGAUACAAAGCCAAGUUUAUUUGUCUCCGGUGAUUACUCCACCGGUGAGUCGUUGAUCUUCUUUUUAUUCUUUUCCUUAUGGACUUCAUUAUUGAAGGUAACAUGCUGAGAUGUUAUCCACGCAUGUGUUGGUACACGCACCGCUAGUGAUAGGGUGGGGAGCUGAGUGCUAUUUUCAAGUGGGGUUUGCGGAUUUAAGUUUAGUUUCCACUUGAGAAGUGCAGUUAUCUCCCAUGUUAUAGGGAAGAACAAAGCGGCGCGUCGGGUGGCGCGUGAGUUCUGCUCUGUGGAUUAAGAGUGGCUGGUACCACCUGCAUCUGGACCCACAGCCCAAAGUGGAACAAAUUGAAAGAGGAGGUGCAGCUAGGAUUAUGGGGGAGUAGGGUUUUUCUUUCUCUUUUUAAUUUUUUUAAAAAAUAGUUUCAGAAAGAGAAAAAUGUUGUGGAAGGGAAAAAAAAAGGUUCUCUGUUAAUAUUAUAAUAAUAAUAUAGUGUUAUGCAAUUUUGUAAUGUUCAUAUGCCCCAAAAAUCAGAGGCAAAGAAUUGCCAGUUGCAGAGGAUAAA